AUGGUGGUGUUCAACGGCCAGCUGCGCAUCCGGAUCUGCGAGGCGCUGGACCUGAAGCCCACGGCGUGGUCGCUGCGUCACGCCGGCGGAGCCGCCGCCAAGAGCUCCAAGGGCUUCCUGCUGGACACGUACGCGGCGCUGAACGUAGACGAAUCGCGGGUGGGCCAGACGUGCACGCGGCCGCGCACCAACAGCCCGGCGUGGAACGACGACUUCACGGCAGAGGUGCGCGACGGAAGAGCCAUCGAGCUGGCCGUCUUCCACGACGCGCCCAUCGGUUACGAUGACUUCGUGGCCAACUGCGUCAUCCGCUUCGAGGAUCUCCUGCACGGCGGCCGCAAGCACUUUGAGGAGUGGGUAGAUCUGGAACCUGAAGGGAAAGUUUACGUCAUUAUUGAUCUUUCCGAAACAUCAAGAGAAGCGACGACGGUGAGCAGUGACAAUGAGGAGCGCGUCUUCCGCCAGCGGAUGCGCCCCAGGAAGCGUCAGGGUGCCCUUCGUCGACGGGUCCAUCAAGUCAACGGUCACAAGUUUAUGGCCACCUACCUGAGGCAGCCCACCUACUGCUCGCACUGCAGGGACUUCAUAUGGGGUGUGUUGGGAAAGCAGGGCUACCAGUGUCAAGUCUGCACGUGUGUGGUCCACAAGCGCUGCCAUGAGCUCAUCAUCACCAAGUGUGCGGCCAUGAAGAAGCAAGAGGACAAAGUGGAGGAGACGGUGGCCUCACAAAGGUUCAGCGUCAACCUACCACACAAGUUCCGAAUCCACAACUUCAAAGUUCUCACCUUCUGCGACCACUGCGGUUCGCUGCUGUGGGGGCUGCUCAGGCAAGGCCUGCAGUGCAAAGUGUGUAAGGUGAACGUCCACAGGCGCUGUGAGAGCAACGUGGCACCCAACUGCGGCGUGGACGCGCGCGGCAUCGCUAAAGUUCUCUCCGAUCUUGGGGUCACGCCGGACAAGAUCUCCAACAGCGCGCAGAGGCGGAAAAAGUCUGUGCAUCCGCAGCUUCCUCAGGUCGACGACCCCGAUCGGCUUCCCGAUUUACCUCAGACCGAAGAAGACCGCUCCAGGUCGGCCCCUACGUCUCCGUGUGACCCAGAUGCGAAGGAACUGGAGUACAUCCGGAAAGCAUUGUCCUUCGACCACCGCGGCCAGGAGUCGUCGUCGCUCUCCUCGGAAAUGCGGGAAAACGGCGAGGUCAAAGGUCACACUGCUGCCGAGCGUCAAAAAAUUGACCUGAAAGAUUUUGUUUUCAUCAAAGUUUUGGGGAAAGGAAGUUUUGGAAAGGUGAUGCUGGCGGAGCGCAAGGGCAGCGAUGAUGUUUACGCCGUCAAAGUUCUGAAGAAGGACGUCAUCCUGCAGGACGACGACGUGGACUGUACGCUGACCGAAAAGCGUGUUCUGGCGCUGGCGCGAAAACAUCCCUACUUGACACAGCUGCACUGCUGCUUCCAGACCAAAGACCGCCUCUUUUUUGUGAUGGAGUAUGUGAAUGGAGGCGACCUCAUGUUCCAGAUCCAGCGGUCCAGGAAGUUCGACGAGGCCCGCUCGCGAUUCUACGCCGCUGAAGUCACAUCAGCGCUCAUGUUUCUGCACCAGCACGGCGUCAUAUAUAGGGACUUGAAGCUGGACAACAUCCUACUAGACGCAGACGGACACUGUAAACUAGCUGACUUCGGAAUGUGCAAAGAGGGAAUUCUCAACGGGGGAAGCACCAACACCUUCUGUGGGACGCCGGACUACAUCGCACCAGAGAUCCUUCAGGAACUGGACUACGGCCCGUCGGUUGACUGGUGGGCCCUCGGGGUCCUGAUGUACGAGAUGAUGGCGGGUCAGCCUCCGUUCGAGGCCGACAACGAGGACGACUUGUUCGAGUCCAUCCUGCACGACGACGUCCUUUACCCGGUCUGGCUCAGCAAAGAGGCGGUGCAAAUACUCAAAGAGUUCAUGACCAAAAGUCCUAGCAAGCGUCUGGGUUGCGUGGCGGCCAACGGCCUGGAGGACGCCAUCAAGCUCCACCCUUUUUUCCGAGAAAUCGACUGGACGCUGCUGGAGGGACGGCAGAUCCAACCGCCGUUCAAGCCCCGAAUCAAAACCAAACGGGACGUGAACAACUUUGACCAGGACUUCACACGAGAAGAACCGGUCCUGACGCCGGUGGACGACAGCGUGGUCAAUCAGAUCAACCAGGACGAGUUCAAAGGUUUCUCCUACUUGGAAGAUGACGUGGUGGCGUAG